AUGGACGUAAAGACGAAUGCACUUUCAACACAAAAAUAUUUAUCGUCAGCAAAUAGAAUAUAUGCAUGCCAGUCAUUAAAUAUUAUUAACAAUACACUAGACACUUGA